UAUGGUAAAUUUGUCUAAACUUUCAAACGAUUCGAUAGGCGCCCGCUGGAGCUUAGUGGUUAAAAUUAAUAUUUUAGUGGGAAAAUUAGCCGAAAUUUACCACUGCACCUGACGAAAACACAACAAACAAUAGGCGCGACGACAUUAUUAGCAGCGUUACUUUGCCAGUAACAACAAAAAAACGUUGGUAGUGCACAAGCGGACCCCUCAACGGCUCCACAAAACAUUUGCGAGCUGCGCGCAUGCGCCAGCGCAACUGCUGCCGCAAUACAUCAGCGGCAACUGACGUGGGCACAUGCGCACAAAUUACUAUGCACAGCCGAAGAAGUAAACAACAAGUAGAAAAAAAAACCACACGCAGCAGCAGCGGGCAGCGGGCAGCAAGACAGCAACAGACAAUCCAACGACAAAAUCCAAAAUCUUUUUGCAGUAAAAUUCAGUUGGUGAUGUGCAACAGGCGGCAACGGAAGGUGUUCGAGGUACGCGCGCUCAAAUCAAUGCCGAAGCGAGGAUAUUAAUGGCUAAGAUAUGCAAGAAAAGUUGGUGUAUUUAAAUAAAAAUUACAUUUGUGGUUAAAGUGGGCGAGAGAGAGAGAGAGAAAAAUUUAGCUUAAUUUGAAUUUUUUCAAAUAAAAACUACAUAAAUUAAAUAGUUUACAACAACACAACAGCUAUGCGAUAUUGCGAAAUCGAAAUGAGUAAUGAAAUAUGACAUUGAAUAUUGAAAGUGGCUAAAAGUGUAGAAAUUGGAAGAAAAAAAAAAUAAAUAAAAAAUUAUAAUAGUAUUGCUCAUUAAUUUUUUGUUUGCUACAAAUCACAACCCAACGCAACGACGAAAGUGAAACUAAUAUUUGCUUGCUUAAGUGCUGCAAUUUCGAGCGUGAUUUCAUACGUGCGAAUAGUUCGAAUAAGGCGAAAAGCAGAGGAAGAAGAAGAAAAACGUUUUCGAUGUUGUAAUAAGCUCAAGUGUUUAUUUGCUUUUCCAAUUGGAGUGUAUGCAACCAACCGACCGCACAACAACAAUUAAUGCUAAAAAAUAUUAAGCUGCGAGAAAUAAUUGCAGCAACAGACAAAUUGCGAAAAGCUGCUGCGAACAAGUUCAUAAAUUCAAAAAUUGUUGACUGAAGAAAAAACAAAAAAAAUUGUAUGCUUAAAAUAACAACAGUGAGUUAAAAUUAGCAGCAAAUCACUUUCAUUUUCAUUGCCAACAAAACGCUUCGCACGGCCCACCCCGCCCCGUACGCAUCUUAUGAAGGCCAUUCAAGUGUCUUAUGCUCAGUCGGUAGUAGAAGCCAAGUGUCAGCCAUUCACGACCAUCGAAAUAAGCUGCCCCCCCUAAAAUUGCAUUACUAAGCGCUGCGGCUGGAUUAGCUGGUUUCGACGUUUUUUUUUUUUAAAUUUAUUUAUCUGUGUGCAAUUUGGAAGUACCCAGCAAUAAUCGUUAGCCAGUUAGCGCACAGGAUUCCCCCCAAAAACGAAAGCGUAAAAAUUUUACAACACUUCCGGCACUGUAACUUUAUUUAUUAUACUGGUUAGCUUGUUAGCUGCCCAUUUAUAGCCAAUAGUGAAUGAAGCGUGUAUCGAUAGAGAGCAAUUAAAGUUAAGUUCAAAAAUAGAUUGUAAAUACGCGUAAUUUUCGAGCAGCAGGCGACUCAAAAUUGGACACAACGGCGGCUGAACGCUUACAUCAUUGGACAAAAUGCGUUUUACUGCGGCAUAUCUACUCUUUUGUGGUGCGCUCUCAGUCAUCUUCCUUUCACAAAAGUUUGCGCAUGCGGCCAGCAUCGACACAGAUGAUGACUAUGAACCGCGCCAUUUGACCAACGACCAAUCGUCUUUUUUUCAGUCGCAAUCGGACUCACCAUUCUCACAAGACGUCCCGAGGGCUGAAUAUAUUAGACGAGUAGGACGCUUGGAUACCAACAAAUGGAAACAAACCAAUCGCUUGAAGAUUAGCACUGACUCAAGUUCUUCGGACUCUGCUUCCGAGUCAGAAUCUGAGAGCCGUGAUGUCAACUCAGACUACGAUGACGACGAUGAUGAUGGCGAUGAGUACUACGAAGACAGCAGCGAGGAGAGCAGCACCGACAGUAGCAGCAGUGAGUCAGCGCCACGUUUAUUAUCGCAGUCAGCCUUCAAUCGCAUUUCGGAAACAUUGGGUGCAUUGAACACUAUGGGUCACCUGCUGGUGGACAUAACGCGCGGUGGCCAUGAACAAGAGCCAGAAACAGCAGAAGCGUCAGCGGCGAGUGAGGUUGGUGGUAGCGGUUUGGGUGAGUCUGGUACUAGCGUUGUGAGCACCAGAAGUCCUACGAGUACUACUACGACAACGACAGCAGCACCGUCUAGAAAAUUCAGUGACAUCGGUCCAACAGCAAAGAUUAUAGCGCCACUGCCACAUCAAAGUAAUUCGAUUACAGAGCAAAAGGUGACGGGAUUGCUGACGGCGGAUAGGCGUGUCGAUGAGCCACUCACACCUGUGAAGCCAAUGUUUGUCGAAACCAAGGAGACGAAGAAGAAGAAAAAGAAGAAGAAGAACCGAAACAAGGUUAAGAAACCAGCGACAGCAGACUCAGCAACCGGACAAUCGCAACAACUUAACAAAGCGCCCACCACGCUGAGACCCACCUCGAUCGUGCCGCCCACCACCAGCACCCACAUUGCAAGCGAUCGCGUUGAUCAAGUGGCAGUCCCCACUGAAGAUAUAUCGGCCAAAGAUGUGGAGAACUAUUGCAAAACACCAAGCGGACGUCCAGGUCGCUGCGAAGAUUUGAGCAGCUGUCCAGCUUUGCUGCUAAAUUUGAGUAGCCUACGCGAGUCGCUCUGCUUUAAGAGCCUAUUUGUGCCAGGUGUUUGCUGCCCGCUGCCGGAGUCCUCAACAGUAUUGACAACGCAACGCCCACUCAAGCUGACUACAAAAGCACCGACCACGGCGCUUACAACGAAGCGGCCCACAACACAACGUCCAGCGUCCUCACCGAGUUUGGUGCUGAUACCACAACUCAAGCCUUCAACAACAACCACAACAACGACCACACCAAAUCCGCUAGGAAAUGAACUUGAACUCAUAGGCAACAACAAUAUUAUUGAUCCAGAAGAGUGCGGCCAACAGGAGUACUCGUCGGGACGCAUUGUGGGUGGCGUUGAAGCGCCGAAUGGGCAAUGGCCGUGGAUGGCGGCGAUCUUCUUGCAUGGCCCCAAACGUACUGAAUUCUGGUGUGGCGGCUCACUCGUCGGCACGAAGUACAUUUUGACGGCGGCGCAUUGUACGCGGGAUUCGCGGCAGAAACCCUUUGCAGCGCGACAAUUCACUGUGCGAUUGGGCGAUAUCGACUUGUCAACCGAUGCGGAGCCCUCAGCUCCGGUCACCUUUGCUGUGAAGGAAGUGCGUGCGCAUGAACGUUUCUCACGCAUUGGCUUCUACAACGACAUCGCUAUUUUGGUGCUUGACAAGCCGGUGCGUAAGUCGAAAUACGUCAUACCGAUUUGUUUGCCGCGUGCCGGACGUGCGCCGCCCAAAGAACGCUUGCCUGGCCGACGUGCAACUGUGGUUGGUUGGGGCACAACCUACUAUGGGGGCAAGGAAUCCACGACGCAACGGCAGGCAGAGUUGCCCAUUUGGCGCAAUGAAGACUGCGAUCGUUCGUAUUUCCAGCCCAUUAACGAGAACUUUGUGUGUGCCGGCUACUCGGACGGUGGCGUGGAUGCGUGUCAGGGCGACUCGGGUGGUCCACUUAUGAUGCGUUUUGACUCGCGUUGGGUACAACUCGGCGUCGUGUCGUUUGGCAACAAAUGCGGUGAGCCUGGCUAUCCUGGCGUUUACACGAGGGUUUCGCAGUACUUGGAUUGGAUACGGGACCAUACGCGUGACUAAAGCGGCACAGUGUUUACUUAUUAAAGAUGUUAAUUUAGUUCUAAACGGUUUCUACAUACAUAUUUAAUUUAAACAAUGUUACGAAUCACUAGUCUACAUAAUAUUUUAUGUGCGUCGCGUAUUUAGUCUUGAUAUUUAUUAACAUUUCCGAAAAUCAUUGUAGUUUGUACAUAUAUAAUGCAUAAAUUAUUGACAACUUAAUAUACGAUAAUUUUAAAAUUACUUAGAGUUAUCGGUAUUAUCUUCUUUAUUGAUUUUCGAAAAUCAAGUUUAUAUUCAGAGUUAGUCUUAGAGUUUUUAAGCAGCUCAAGUUUCGGAUAAAAUAUGGCAGGAACUAAUUCGCCAGUAGUCGUUUUGGAUCCAUCUCUAUAGAUGUAGCGAUCGUAUCGAACGAGCUUCUUCAACCCGUCCUGCUUUCUUUUCUAUGUCGGUUCUUCCCGGUUCAGUCUUUGUGCGACGAAAUUUUCCCUCAACUCCUUUGCAAUAAGCCAAUCAGUUCCAGGCUUCGAAUCUUGCCGGUGCUGCACUUCGAGUGGUCUAAAGUUCUCCAGUUUUACAUAGGCAGGAUUGUCUCUGUUCACUCUUGACUUUUGUAAUGCACCCAUUUACACAAAAAUAGAUAAAAUAGAACAUUAUGACUGCUCGCAAAGGUCCAAAUUUUUGACCCGUACAGAACUUCUUUUUUUUUUUUGCUGCGAGCUUUUAGAAAUGAAUAGCUUUCCUGAGCUUUUCUUCAACAUUCCUGCUUAUCAGCUUAUUUUCUUGCUGGCUUGAGCAUGUUGCACGCAUGGCUGACGUGGCUAUAGUGAAAAGAUCCUUCGACUCGGCACCCGUAGAAAGGCAACGACAGAAGGCGCGCCCACUAAGCAAUGGCAAGACCAAGUGCAGAAAGACAUGCCUGAACUUUGGAUUUACAACUGGCGCAACCAACGCAAAGGAGAGAAGCAAUUGACGUAGUGUUUUGGUUUCGGCCCAAAUAGACGGACAGUGGUCGAGCCAGAUAUGCUGACGUAUCCAAUGAGUGUCCAGCAUGUGGAAAUUGUUGAACACUUACAAUGGAGUUAUGUUCUUGUUCUUAUUUUUAAAUUUAAUUUGUUUACUAUGCAAAGGAUAUUUUAUUAAAGCACACACACAACAAAUUUUGCUGUCGGACUCAAUUAGACUGAUAUCUGGAGUUUUUUUUUUGUGGACACUAACGGAUUUAUGCUCUCGAUGUGCGUUAUGAAUUUAUGAAAUCCGGUAGUCUUCUAUAUUUUUUUUUUCGAGUCAACCAAUACAAAUGGUAGCAAGCUUGGUUUUUUUGUUGAAUAUAUUUUGCAGUCAAUGGUGACAGUUCAAAAAUGUAUGAAAUCAUACAGAAU